GGCGCACCUGGGGAGUCGCAGAGACGAGCAACUCCACCCUUGUCCUCCUCCAUGUAAAGUUUUCAUGUGAACUUAAUAAGUGCGAGGAUGUCCACCAUGCGCGAACGCAGGCGCAGGAGCCUGCACGAGCUGAGGAGGAAGGAGCCGGUGUGGGUGUCCUCCGCGGCCGGGAGUCUGUGGCAGGACUCCCCGGGGCUGGAGCUGCAGCUGGCCGCCGCCGGAGCUCCGGGGAGGCAGCUCGUCUCCCCGCGCAGCCGGACCAGAGCCGUGUCCGUGGCGUACAUCGUCAACGAGGACGCGUCCGUGCCGCACACGGAGGAGAACCUGUCCCUGAAGGCGCUGAAGGAAGCCUGCGCGGACGCGCACGCCUCCCUGGAGACCGUCUCGUAUGAGAGGAUCUCCCUGGGAAGCACCGCCGUCCUGGAUAGUUUCUACAACGCGGAUGUGGCGGUGGUGGAGAUGAGCGACACUUUCUGCCAGCCGUCCCUUUUCUACCACCUUGGAGUGAGAGAGAGCUUCAGCAUGAGCAACAACAUCAUUCUGUACUGCUACAAGCAGGACAGUGAUCUGCUCGCUCUCAAGGAGCAGUGUGGAAGUUACACUUUCAUCCCGUACGUGGUGUCACCUCAAGGCAAAGUGUUUGCCUGUGAUGCAACAAUGAUGACUUGCCUGAAAGAGUUAAUGCAGCCCAGUUUCCAGCUGGAGCCCCUGCUCACCCCGCUGGUGGAGAGACUGGUGCACCUGUUGAACAACAUACACAUUCAGUCCAGCGAGUACUUCCGGGAGUCGGUCAGGCAUGAGAUCCGUAUGGCACGGGAGCGGUUCAGCGGCAAAGCCCUGAGCGAGGAGCUGAGCCGCAUCCAGAAACGCCUGGACAGCGUGGAUCUGCUCACGCCCGAUAUUGUGGUGAACCUGUUGAUGUCCUACAGGGACGUUCAGGACUAUGAUGCUAUGAUCAAGCUGGUGGAGACUCUGAACAACCUGCCGAUGUGUAUGAUAGCGAGGCACCAGAAUAUUAAGUUUCACUAUAUAUUUGCUCUGAACAGGAGGAAUCGCCCUGGAGACCGUGCAAAGGCUCUGGAGGCGAUUCUGCCGAUCGUGGAGUCGGGAAACAAGGUGGCGUCGGACGUGUACUGCCUGUGUGGGCGAAUCUACAAAGACACGUUCCUGAGUUCGGGGUUCACCGACCAGCGCAGCAGAGACCAGGCCUGCUACUGGUAUGGAAAAGCUUUUGAGAUGGAGCCAACUCUUCACUCUGGCAUCAACAGCUUGGUCCUGCUGAUGGCAGCUGGACACGAAUUUGAGACUUCAAUUGAGCUGCGCAAAAUAGGUGUGACCAUAAGCACACUGCUUGGUAGAAAGGGUAGCUUGGAGAAGAUGAAGGAAUACUGGGAUGUAGGUUUCUAUCUGGGAGCGAACAUCCUCGCUAGCGAACACAGGAAGGUCAUUGAAGCUUCAGAGAAGCUGUACAGACUGAAGGCCCCUGUUUGGUACGUGGCAUCCAUCAUGGAGACGUACAUCCUGUACCGUCAGUUUGCCAAGCUGCCUGAGGUGAGAUCUCCCAAACAAGAAACCGUGGACUUCUGGAUGGAGCUGCUUUUGCAAACUUGCAAACCCACCAUCUCAACAGAAUACUGUCCAGUGCUCAUUCUGGAGCCCAGUAAACUCUUCCAACCAGCUGUCGUGAGUGUAAGCGAAGAAGAUGAGAGUCGGACUGUUCAGCUGAGGCAUGUCACAUCUUUAAAGAAAGGCUUGCACCAGUGGUGUUUCCCAGCAUCUGCAAUUCGAGGAGUGAGUGCGUCGAAGAUUGAUGAGCGUAGCUGCUUCCUGUACGUCCACUACAACUCAGAUGACUUCCAGCUGUGUUUCCCCUCUGAGAUUCAUUGUAACGGUUUCUGCGAGCUGGUGAACUCCCUGCUUCAGCAGGCUGACGAGCCUCCUCAGGACCCAGAACAUCUACCUAAGGGAAUACUUGAGUACAUCUAUGAGACCAAUGAAAAGGGGGACAAAGCGGUUCUGGGGAAAGGGACGUAUGGCGUGGUGUACGCCGGGAGGGACCUGAGCAACCAAGUUCGCAUCGCCAUCAAGGAGAUUCCCGAGAAGGACAGCACGUACUCCCAGCCCCUUCAUGAGGAGAUAGCUCUGCACAAGAGGUUAAAGCACAGAAAUAUUGUGCAGUAUCUUGGCUCUGUCAGUCAGGAUGGUUUCAUCAAGAUCUUCAUGGAAGAAGUACCAGGAGGGAGCUUGUCGUCUCUUCUGCGCUCUAAAUGGGGUCCUCUGAAAGACAACGAAGCUACCGUCACCUUCUACACCAAACAGAUCCUGGAAGGACUGAAAUACCUUCAUGACAAUCAGAUCGUCCACAGAGACAUUAAGGGGGACAAUGUGCUCAUCAACACGUACAGUGGAGUGUUGAAGAUCUCUGACUUUGGAACCUCUAAGCGGUUAGCAGGAAUUAACCCCUGCACGGAGACGUUUGCAGGAACUCUUCAGUACAUGGCCCCGGAGAUUAUAGACCAAGGACCUCGAGGUUAUGGGAAGCCAGCGGAUAUCUGGUCUUUGGGGUGCACUAUCAUAGAAAUGGCCACGGGCAAAACACCCUUCCAUGAGCUUGGAAGUCCGCAGGCAGCCAUGUUCAAGGUUGGCAUGUUUAAGAUUCACCCCAAAGUUCCAGAGUGUAUGUCCGACGAGGCCAAGUGCUUCAUCAUGAACUGUUUCGUGCCAAACCCAGAUGACAGAGCCACGGCUGCAGAGCUGCUGAAGGACACUUUCCUCAGGUCGUCCCCCAGGAAGAAGGCCAAGGCCUCACAAGACCUGGUACCUAAAGAUACAGAUAUUAACGCUGACUACCAGCGCAGUCUGUCUGUGCCCGUCUCCAUCCUUGUGGAGGACACCGAUUCGUACUCCAGCUCCAUUGACCUGUCUAACUCUCUGGACCUGAGGAGGCACAUGUCCGCUCUCACAGCAGUCGAAAUCUCAGAGAGCCCGCCCGGUACCAACAGCUUCCUGUCAACCCCAGACGACUCUUCAUCAGACAUGAGCAGUCCGAUGCCAACAGAGGAAAAUAUUGGUCUUUUUAUGCUGCAAAAAGAUAGUGAGAGGAGAGCGACACUGCACCGAGUUCUCACUGACUACAUCAGUCUUGUUGUCUCCAACAUACAGGAGUCUGUGCCUCAGUAUGCAGAGAGACGAUCAAUCACUGCAGACCACAUCAUCACACUCAUUACGUGCUUGCGAGACAACAUCCGCUCUCCAGACAGAAAACAGCUGACCAGUGGCCUCCUGGACCUGCGCUCCACCCUGUUAUCUCAAGCAGUACCGGUGAACAGCCUGCAGGCGGUGCUCUUUAACUUCCAGGAUGCUGUGAAGAAGGUGCUGAAACAACAGCAGGUCAAGCCUCACUGGAUGUUUGCCCUGGAUAACCUGCUCAGACAGGCCGUGCAGGACGCCAUAACCGUCCUCCUACCAGAACUGAAGCUCCAUUUGCAAUCCUCCUUUGAAAUUGAGGACAGCACUCCAGAGGAGCAGCCCGCUGACCCAGACACUCCUGUAGUUCUCGUCCCUGACCAGCUGAUGGCGCCAGCAGAUGAACAGCAGCCAGGACACGUGAAUGACAUUGCGCCAGCGGCCCGCACCCCCCCUUCUGCUGAUUUCACCCCCAACAGAAACUGUCCCCUCAGUGAGAACCUGAGAGACAUGCGAAUAGAGACCAGGAGACUUCUGAGUCAGCUGAGUGAGAAGGAGCAGGAAUACCAGGAGCUGCUCAGGAAUAGCGUCCAGAAGAAACAGGACAGGAUAGAUGCGUUGAGGACAGCGUCUGUGGUUGAGGAUGGAGACUUGGCCUCACAGAAGAGCUCUCAUCCAGAGACGAAGGCUUUGGUGCGGUGGCUCAAGUCUAUUCCCGUGGAUCAAGACACCAUUGAUCAGUUAGUCUCCCACAAAUUCACCUUGGACUGUCUCCUCUGCAUGGCCUCCAGGGAUGACUUGAUGUACUGCGGAUUAAGAGGCGGCAUGCUGUGUCGAAUCUGGGCAGCCAUCACCGCUCGCCGGAAGAGCCAUCUGAGCACGCACAGCGAGGACUGCGAGGACACUGUUCUUUAGCGAUGUCGUGCAUCGCGGGAUGGGUUUAUUGACAGGCUGGCCCUGUGUGAUCCGGAGGGGCAGAGGCCCCGCUGCUGCUGGGAGAUAUUUAAACCAGAACAGCUUUUGGUUACCUUUUUAACUUUAAAUGCAUUUCUACUUCUUUUUAAGAUACUGACAAUUUGUUCCAGUUUUUGUACAUGUUAGGUAUAGGCUCAGCAAUGUUUUAUACAUUUUCUCAGGGUGUUGGCAUUGGGGACUCAUUAUGUCUUCACAAAAAGUUGUCUGAAGUUUAAUCUGCUGUGAAACAAACAAAAUGAACUACUUUAUUUCAAAUGUGUCUUCCAGUGUCACUGCUCACUGUGUUUUACUAAGAAAACUAAGCAGGUUUAGAGUUUGUAGGGGCCAUUUGAGAUUUUGCAUUCUGAGGAAAAUAUGGUUGUUUUUUUUACAACACACUCUUAUUAAAAUGCAUUUCUUUAAUAAAGAGGACCAUUUCAUCUCU